CGGCGCGUUGGUGUCGCGCGCGGGGUCCGCAGGCUGGGAGCGUACUGUGAGUCACGGCGCAGGCGUGACGGGUGCGAUGUCGGAGGGCCUUUGACGACAUGGCGAGGGACACCGUGGACGGCAUGAUGUGGGUGCUGAUGACAUUCCUGGCGCUGGGUUUGAGAGUCGCCCCGGCGUCGGCAGCCAUUCAGUGUUACGUGUGCGACAGCUCGAGCCAGAUUGGCUGCGCCGAGUUCCUCUCUGACACGUCGUUGCUGGAGCCGCAGUCGUGCGACAACGUGUACGGCGCCCAGUACUGCGUCAAGAUGACGCAGGUGUUCGAAGGUCAGCUGGGCACGAAGCGGUUCUGUUCGUCGCGCAACUUCGGCGAUUACUGCGAAUGGGUCAAACGCCCUGGCGACGCGAACACGUACCAGGCGUGCGUACUUACAUGCGGCACAUCCGCCUGCAACAGUUCCGCCAGUCUCCGCGGGGCGGCGCUGCUUGUCGCCAUGACGACGGUCUUCGGUUUGGUGUGCUGGCUGCAGGUGGCGCGAUAAUAGCUAGUUA